UGGCUUUCUGUUUUCUCUCCCGGUGACGUCAGCCUGCACCUGACCACCUUCAGCCUGCAGUACACCCCGCCCGUUGUGGCCUGCGUCUGUAUCCACCUGGCCUGUAAGUGGUCCAACUGGGAGAUCCCAGUCUCCACGGACGGGAAGCACUGGUGGGAAUACGUUGAUGGCACUGUAACUCUGGAGCUCUUAGAUGAACUGACUCAUGAAUUCCUGCAGAUCCUUGAGAAAACUCCCAGUCGGCUUAAACGGAUCCGGAACUGGCGGGCCUCUCAAGCAGCCAGAAAGUCCAAGACCGACGACCACGGCGACGAUGAGAACCUGUCGGAGCAGACCAUCCUCAACAUGAUCUCCAGGAACAACAGCUCGGACAUGAACAUCGCCGGGCUCAUGAGCAUGUCCACGUCCUCCACGGCCGGCGCGGGGCCGGCGCUGCCGCCCGCCGCCGAUUCCCCCGGCGAGCCCGGCGCCGCCGACGCUUCCCAGGCGGAUCAUUGGCAUCCCCCGGCCAAGCUGGACAUCCACAGGACUAGCGAGAGCUCCUCGGCGGCCGCCGCCGAGCACCCGCAGCAGGACGGUGCCUCCUACCCAAAGCAGGGCACCAAGAACGCGCCGUCGGCCAAGGUGUCCCUCAAGGAGUACCGGGCCAAGCACGCCGAGGAGUUGGCGGCGCAGAAGCGGCAGCUGGAGAACAUGGAGGCCAACGUGCGCUCCCAGUACGCCUACGCCGCCCAGAACCUGCUGGUGCAGCAGCAGCGGGAGAGGGAAGGGCAGCAGGACAGCAACCCCUCCCCGAUCAUCCUGAAAAUCCCCAUCGCGGGCUCGGACAACCCCGAGCGCCCGCCCGGCGGCGCCGACAAGGGCGACAAAGCCCUCAAGAUGAGGAUCCAGGCGGCGGCGGCGGGGGCGGGCGGGGAGAGGCCCGUCCCCUCCAAGCAGGAGGAGAUCAAGAUGCGGAUCAAGGUGCCGGGGGGAGGCCCCGGAGACAGGCACGGCCCGGCGGACGAAGGCGGGAAGAGCCGGGAGUACAAGGAGAAGCACAAGGGCCACUCGUCCAACCACCACCACCACCACCACAACCACCACUCGCACAAACACUUGCACGCCCAGCUCGGCGCCGGCCCCAGCACCGCGGCCAAGCGCCCGGGGGACUCCAAGCACGGCGCCCAACCCGGCGCCGCCGCCCCCCACAAGGGCUACGGGCCCCUCGCCCCCACCCGCAAGAGACCCCUGCCCGAGGAGCCCUCGGCCGCGCCCCACGAGCACCAGCCCAAGGCGGGCAAAGCCUCCAAAGGCCCCGUGGUGCCGCCGUUCCCGUACUCCCACCUCCCCGGGGCCGCCCACCUCGCCGGGCACGGCGGCUCGGAUUUAUCCCAGCCGGGCAAAGCCCAGCGGGGCGCCCACAAAUCGGACAAGGGGCCCUCGGGGGCCAACGGGCACAACGCCAGCCAGGCCAGUGACUAUCAGGACACGGUGAACAUGCUGCACUCGCUGCUGAGCGCGCAGGGCAUGCAGCCCACCCAGCCCCCCGCCUUCGAAUUCCACUCGUACGAGCUCCUGAACCCCCGGGCUUCCAGCGGCUCCCGAGCUGCCGCCAACACGGACAAGCCCCGACCGCCCCCCCUGCCCUCGGAACCGCCCCCUCCUCUGCCCCCCCUCCCCAAGUAAAACCCCCCCCCUCCCUCCCCUUUUUACUACUGAGUCCAGAGCCCGAGCCCGAACCCGCGGGGCUUGAGAAAGGGCUUUUUGAUCUCCACUGCCUCACGAAGAACUUAUUUUAUUAUAAUAUAACUUUUAUUAUUGAUAUUUAGUUGUUAAAAAGCUGUGAAAGGAUAAGGAACCCUUUCUCUAUUCCUUCCCUUUUCCCCCCCCAUAGGCUCCCAGUUAGUGUUGGGCUUUGCCCCCCCUCUGGGGAACGUGGGGGGGUAUUUAAAAUAUGUCACAGAAAAUUUAAGAUGUUUUACAAAUAAUUUAAGCAUUAACUUA